CUCAAACUUGCGUGGACGGGACACGAGUGAAUCGGGUGUCUGGAUGAUGAUCGAAGGGGCUUCUCAAAAAAAUUCUGCCCUGUAAAUGUCUCAAGCACCGUGCUGGAGAGGUCUGGAACGCCAUUAUGGAACAUAACAGCUUUCAGAAUCAGAAUAAAAAUUACACAGUGCCGGUACAGAGCGACCAGAGGAACAUGAUGGGCACAUAUGGAUACUUCUCUAUGCUGUCCAACUUCCGCAUCGAGAAAAAGAUUGGAUGUGGGCAGUUCAGUGAGGUUUUUAAAGCCACAUGUCUACUGGACAAUCAACAGCUGGCACUGAAGAAAGUACAGAUCUUUGAAAUGAUGGAUGCUAAAUCCCGACAAGACUGCAUAAAAGAGAUCGACUUGCUAAAGCAACUGAACCAUCCAAACGUUAUAAAGUAUCUGGACUCAUUUAUUGAAGAUCACGAGUUGAAUAUUGUUCUGGAGUUAGCUGAUGCUGGUGACCUCUCUCAGAUGAUCAAGUAUUUUAAGAAGAAACAAAGACUGAUUCCAGAGAGAACAAUAUGGAAGUAUUUCGUGCAGCUCUGCAGUGCACUGGAACACAUGCACUCCCGUAGAGUCAUGCAUCGAGAUAUAAAACCAGCCAACGUAUUCAUCACAGCUACUGGAGAGGUGAAACUGGGUGACCUUGGACUGGGUCGAUUCUUUAGCUCCAAAACCACUGCAGCACAUUCUCUUGUUGGAACUCCGUAUUACAUGUCUCCCGAGAGGAUUCAUGAAAACGGCUACAACUUCAAAUCAGACAUCUGGUCUCUGGGCUGCCUGCUGUAUGAGAUGGCAGCUCUGCACAGCCCCUUCUACAGUGAUAAGAUGAACCUGCUCUCAUUGUGUCGUAAGAUCGAACAGUGUGACUACCCACCUCUCCCAUCAGAGCACUAUUCACAGAAGCUCAGAGAUCUGGUCAGUAUGUGUAUCAACCCAGAACCUGAUCAGCGGCCCGACAUCGUCUUCGUACUGCAGUUCGCCACACAGAUGCACCUGUGGACGGCCAGCACCUGAUACAAAUGCACACACACACAGACAGCGAGGAGAACCGUUGUGGAAACCUGUGAUCUCUCCCUUCUCUCAAUCCAAUACAUCAAGUUAUAAGAGAGACAAAUAGCUAGAAAUGAUUGAAGAGAUAAAGCAAGCAGAAGGACAUUUGUAUUAGAUUUGUAUUGAAAGGAAUGUCGAUAUACUCUUUCGAAUGAUGUAUCACAGUGCUGUGAUUGGUUUAGAGACUGUGGAAGGGAUGUUUCUUUGGUCAGGUCACAUGACACAGUGCCUUAUGUUGAUGAUAUCACAGCAAGGUGGUUCUAUUUUUAUGUACUUCCUUUGUUAGGCUUAUAUAACAACUUUUACAAGAGCCUUACAGUUGAGUUACUUAUCUCUCUUUUAUGUUUCUGAAACGCACACACAGUUGUUGAAGUUGAUACUGUCAUUGGUGAGACUUUGGACAGUGCUAUGAAUGGUCUUGUUGUCUGGUCAAAUGCUUACAAUUUCAAAGUAUUCGUAAUAUCCGUUUUUUUCCAACUGGGUGUUACUUUUUAAGAUUUUUUUAAACAUGUGUAAAUGUUGUGUAAUUAACAAUAAAAUGUAACUGUAAACAUUGGUUUU